AUGACAGAGGGCUUCAAACUGGCCCACAGCACAGCUGAAGAAAUCCUCAGCUUAAUGAAAGUGCUAUUCUCGGCAUCACUUCAGUUGAUUGGAACAGAGCUCGAAGAAGAACUUCAGCGGCUUGACAUUGACAAGUCAGCUUCAACUGUGUUGGAUAUGCUUCUUCAUCCAGAUAGUCUCUUCGACUGCAUAUUUGCAGGCAUACACACACAGCACCAACGAGAGAACUACGUCAAGGCACACCUUCCCUACACAGAAGUCAAGGAAGUAGAACUGCAGAAACCAGGAAAGGAAAAAAAGUCUCUUUGUUACAUUCCAGUGCAGCAAUUGCUCCAGAAUCUCCUCACUGUUACAAACACCUACGACAGUGUUGUUGGGGGGCCUGAUGAGAGAAGAGACAACAUGCUCACCGACUUUUGUGACGCUCACUACCUCCAGGAGCAACAGCAGCAACUGCUCAAGGAUGGCCACGAGAACACCAUCUUCCUCCCGCUCUACACUGACGAGCUGGAGCUCACCAAUCCCUUGGGAGCAGCCGUGGGGAAACACAAGAUUCUCGUGGUCUACUUCAGCAUCUUGAACCUCCAUGCCCGACACCGUUCGAAACUUAGCACAAUACACCUGCUCUUGAUUGUGCCAUAUGCCAACGUUGUUACCUCUGGGCUAACGGUUGUGUUGGCUCCUUUGAUUGAAGACCUCAAUUUUCUCAAAUAUCAUGGCCUGCAGGUAGGAGCCAAGAACUUCGGUGUUUCUGUGGUCGCCAUAGUCGGUGACAACCUGUCAAUGCACCGUCUGAUGGGCUUGUCAUGCUCGUUUAGCAGUGGUCGUAUAAGCCGCUUCUGCUUAGCUCGCUACGAGAACUUAAACAAACUGACUUCUGUCACACAGUGUUUCAGAAGAACAGCCCUUUCACACGCCAGCCACCAAGCUGCAUUUCUGGUGGAUCCCGCACUUGGUGCUCUUUACGGCAUUACUUGUCGUUCCCCACUCGCUACCCUUGAAGGGUUUGACGUCGCGCGACAGCUCCCUCCGGAUGCUAUGCACGAUAUACUUGAGGGAGGAAUUGCUCAUGUUUUAAAGGCAGUACUCUCAGGACUCGUGGAAUCUGGAACUGUCAAGAAAGAAGACUUAAGUCGGGUUGCAGACUUUCCAUAUGGGAUACACGACAGAAAGUCUAAGCCAGUUCCUAUAUCAGACAGGAUCCUGACCCGAUCAGGCACGCUGAAGAGUACAGCCUCCCAGAAAUGGUGUUUGUUCCGGCUCUUCCCUCAACUUUUUGGAGAUUUGGUUAGAGAGGGUGACAAGCAUUGGCAGGUAUACCUCAUAUAUUGCGAAAUUGUGGACAUCAUCCUCGCAGAGCAGAUACCAACUGACUGCAUUGAUUAUCUGCAAGUUCAGAUCACAGAGUUUCUGAGACUGUUUACAGAGCAGUACCCACAGAAGCACUUAAAAACAAAGCUCCACUAUUUGCUCCACUAUCCCGAAUUCAUCUACUUAUUUGGACCACCUCGGAGGUACUGGGCAAUGAGGUUCGAAGCGAAACACUCUUACUUCAAAGGUGUUGCAUCAAAAGUUAAGAACUUUAAAAACAUUGCCCAGACUCUUGCGCACAGGCACCAACUUCUCCAAGCUUACGAGCUCGGAUCAAACCUGACGAACCAAGGAGUUCGAGCAACGGGGGUGGAACUCGUCGAAAUCGCAUCACUGCCAGAUCUUCAAGCCAUUCUUCCGCAGGAGCUACAGGGUGAACAAUCUCUGAGUUCGGUGAAAACGGCAAUUUUCAACAGCUGCAGCUACAGAGUUGACGACAUAUUUGUAAUCACAGUCAACGAUAAGGGUCCAGUGUUUGGAAAAGUCCACGCACUGUUUGUUGCAAGUGGACUGAUGGUGUCGGGCUUUGCGACGGCGGCCAAAGUGCUGGGCGACCGACGCUACGCCGAGCGCGCUCUCCAGGCCGUGGCUUUCCUCGGUCAGCACCUGUACGACGAGGACCGCAAGUCGCUGCUCCGGAGCGCCUACAGGGGAGAGGGCGGCCACGUGACGCAGACCUUGGAUGGUACUGAAGACGACUGCUUGUGGGAGGACGAUGCUGCGCAACAGACCACCUUGGACUCCGAGUCUGAGGACUCGUUGAGCGACGACGAUUAA